AUAGUGCAGACAGACGCCUUCCUCUCAGCAUGAAGCACCUCACCCCUGCACCCUGGGCCACUCUGGCCCUCAGCCUGGUCUUUGCCUCCUUCCACUUGGCUUGCUUGGCAGAAGCAAGGAACAGCAUCAAUGCAACCUUGACCACCUACCACCCAGACCCCGGAACCCUGGAGCAGUGUCCCAAUGUGGACUUCUGCCCGCAGGCAGCCCGGUGCUGCCACACUGGAGUGGAUGAAUACGGCUGGAUCGCGGCCGCGGUUGGCUGGAGCCUGUGGUUCCUCACCCUCAUCCUGCUCUGUGUGGAUAAACUGAUGAAGCUCACUCCGGAGGAGCCCAAGGAUUUGCAAGCAUGAGGCUUAGAGCCGCAGCCCCAAGAAUGGCCGUGGCCACCACUGGGUGGGUAACAGCGGGAGGGGAGUGUGGUUGCCGAUGUGGUUUCUGCCAUGUGACGGUCAUCUGUCACCUUUGUGCUGCAGUUGCUCUUGAAAGGGGAGGAAGAUGGAAAGGGGGAUCCAAGGAAGGAAGGCCAGUGCCGCUUCACACCUAAAUUCACAAGGCGGUCGUGCCUUCUGAGCGCUGACAGUCUCCUUUCUCGGUCUACGGGGACUGCUUCUCUUGUAACUGCUGCUUCCUUCUGGAAGCACAAGAAACAUGCGACCUAGACUCUUAUCCAUGCAUUCGGAGCUAAACUCAGAGCCUUCUCACCAAAAAGGUCAUUGUCUUCCAUCCCUCGCUUCAGUCACGGGCGCCGCUGUCGCAGUUCAAAACGGAAGCGUGGUCAUUGACCCACUCUCUGUCCUCACCCCCAUGUGCCUUGCUUCUCCAGCUCUUGUCCCUUCUUCAAGGUAUCUGCCAGGGCCAUCCCGUCCCACUCUCCCCGCCAGCACCCCGGUUCUGGCCUUCCUACAUCUUCCCUACGUUGUCGCAGACCCAUCCCGUGUAGUUCUCACCGCCGGCAGGAACCUGCCUCCCCACUGGCCACUCCCCGGGGCAGCUGUGAGCAUGACCGUCAGUAACGCCUAACACAGAACUUCAGUCUGGCCCUCGGCUCCUCACGGGAGUCCCACCACCUUCCCAGGCCUGUCUCCCCACACAUCCAGGGCCAGGGCGCCGCGGGGCUCUGAUGGCCCAGUCUUCAGCCCCCCAUCUUCCACUUCUCUGCUGCCAGGCCCUUGCCUCCGGGCCUGCCUUCCAACUCCGCCUCCAGAUUGGAGGAUUGACACUCCCUUCCCCGACGGCCAUGGGGGACCUGGAGCUGGUGCUUUUUGGGGCACAUCUGCUCCACCCUGAAGUGCAGCCCUCGUGAAGACACAGUCCGUGCUACUUCCUCUCGCUCCUGGGUACAGAACACUCUUCGUAACAUUUGUCCGAUGAAUGAAUGGAUGAACGAAUGAGUCCUUGCCCUAGAUGAAUUUACGCUUAUCGCUCCGCAUACAGCACUUCCAUUUCUCUAUAAAUGGUUGAAAAUAGCCAGUCUCUAAAAAAGCCA